UGUGGCCCUGUCAGCUGCUGGUCACGCCUAGGUUCUCACACACCUACUUCUGACCAAGCUCGUCGGGGCAGCUACUUAACAGAGCGAUGGAGCUUUCUCCAGCGCAGGAUUUGUUAGUCCAGGAAGUACAGAUCGUGUUUGCCCGCAGGGGUCAGUGUCUAACGGCUGCUUCCAUUGUUUUCCCUGCAGGAGGAGCGUGGAGAAGAAGGACAGCACAGCACGCACAGGGUGUGCAGAGUCACCGGGGAGCACGAACACGGACGCCACUGGAAGACGCACGGGAGUCUUGGGGAGCGCGGGGAUUAAAUUGGCAUCAGUGUUUACCACACUGUAAAUAAACGCACUGUACACACAGACCUCUGCCCCUGGGUCCUCCUUUCCCUCACAACCCCAGACCAUGACAAUAAUGUGCAUAAAAGCACUCAUCUGAGGUUUGUUUUUAAAUGCUUGAUAUCUAUUGAAGCCAGUAUUACAUAUUGAAUCAAACUCUGGCAUUAAUCUAAGACACUAAGACAUUUCGGUGUUCGGACCGGUCUGAGGAAAGACGAGAAACGCUUUUAAAGCUGAAGCGCUGCGGUCGGGAUUUAAUGAGGUGCAGUGCCAGUUUUUCGAUGGAAGGUGUGGUCACAGCAGGUAUUUUGGUGGCUUACCUUAUUGGUGAAGUAUUUGUAGGAGUGUUUUCUUUACGGGUUAAAAAAAAAAAACUUUCGGAGGAGAAUAUUUAAAAGAAGCAUGCAAACCUGAUUUGCUAGAUUUCCUGGACACUAAAUGUAACUUUGAAAAAAAAACACCUCUUACUGUUGAUUAUGGAGCUGAAGUGUUCAUUUAUUUGGAAUAAGAUGAGGAAAUAUUAUCAGCGUGCGUAACUGUGACGGAUGGAUCCCUCUAAGCUGUGAGCGCGGGGACAAAACUUUUGCUCUGUUCUGUAAGUCUCCACGGAAUCCCAACCUUGCGUUUUUAGAGGACUUCAUUGACACCUCUACUUUAACUCAUCGGGCGUGCUCGUUUUUGAGUCUCUGCUCUUGUAUCCCUGUCAACCUCAUCUCUGUAACGAUGUCUGGAAACCAAAACAAUACAAAUUGUACUAAUCUUGAGCCAAAUAGUUUGAUCUUCACUCUGGGUUCAUACUACAUCCUGGCCAUCAGUGUGCUUGGAAUCAUCUUUAAUGCGUUUGUGCUGAUGGUUUUCUGCUUCCACAAGAAAGCCUGCACAGUAGCUGAGAUCUACUUGAGCAACUUGGCUGGAGCUGACUUUGUUCUGGUGUGCUGUUUGCCCUUCUGGGCUGACUAUGUAGGAAAGGGCUUUAAUUGGGCUUUCAGUGAGAGCCUGUGCAAAGUGAUACCUGCCAUAAUAAAAAUGAAUGCACUCUGCAGCAUUUACUUCCUUGUUCUGGUUAGCAUAGAUCGCUAUGUGGGGCUGGUGCACCCACUGUCCCAUCACAUCAUGUGUAGGACAUUUUAUGCCAAGCUGGCAUGUGUAGUUGUGUGGAUUCUUGGCGUUAUCUUUGCACUCCCCGUAUUAAUCUACAGGAAGUUAAUCCCCAGUACAUCAAAUAUUACCGCAUGUGGCAUUCUCUUCACUGAAGACCAACAUCUAGUAUAUGAGGCAAUAACCAUAAUCUUCAGCUUCGUAAUCCCUGUUUCCAUUAUUUCCCUCUGCGCUCUCAAGAUUAUUCAAGCACUGAGAAACAGGCUAAAGGGGCAUGGGAAGGAGCAGAAAGCCACCACUCUCAUCCUGGUAGUUCUUCUGGCAUUCCAAAUUUGUUGGGGUCCAUUCCAGUUGAGCAGGAUACUAGAUGUGCUUGAACGUGUUGGUAUUGUGAGGUGUCACACCAUACUUGACAUCUACAAACAAAUUACUGUGUACUUAGCUUUUUUCAACAGUGUCCUUAACCCCAUUCUCUAUGUUGUCAUUGGGAGAAACUUCCAGAAAAGAGCAAAGGAAUUCUUAAUGCCGCAGAAAUAUAAGAAAACAAGAAGAUCAAGCACACGCUCCUCAUGAGCACACCCCACAAGUGUUAAAUCUGACAAUGGCUUAAGAUAAGCAGGAUUGUGACCUUUUGAGUUUUGAGGUGUGCUGCUGUGAUUGGUGAUUUUAUACAAUGACAAUUAUUUAUCCAGGCAUAAGAACUUUUUUUCUUUUUUCUCUUUUUUUGGCAUUUAUGUAAUGUGAAUAUAUGGGGUUUAAUUGUCUAUGAAACAUUGCUUCUUCAAAAAGUGAUAUACAGGCAUAACAUAUUUGUUACUUAAAUGUGAUAUAUAUAUUUCUGUUUUAUAGUGAUUUUUGUUCCAAUACAAUAUGAAUAACAUUUACACUGGCGGAUGCUCAUAUUAAAUAAGAACAAAAAUAUAAUAUAACAACACAAAAUCAUAUGAAGGACUUGAACAAGGCCAAGUAUAAGAGCAGAGAGAUGGUAGUGAACUGGUUUUGAAUAGGGCAAAAGUUACACAUGUUAAUGCAGUUUUUCUUGCAGGUACCACAUUAUGUGUUUUUCUUAUUUUCUGUCAUGUAUUUAUAUUCUUACAGUGGUGGAUGCUCAUGUUAAACUUAAUGUUAUCAGUUAUCACAGAUUACAUAGUUUACAUUAAACAUGAUUCAUAUCUUGAAGUCAGAAUAUAUGCAAGUCUUUUCUAAUGUUUAUCCAUUUUUUCAAAUUUCAGUUCAGGAUUAUUAUGUUGAAGCUAUUUAUUGACAUCCUCCAAAUAUUCAGUUCGGAGUACCGCUGCUGUACAAGGUGAAUGACCUGGUGUAUCUCUCUCUCUC